UGCUCGGAACUUGUUGGCAAUGCCUAUUUUUCAGCUUUCCCCCACGUUCUCCAAAGUAACUAUUUAAAGAUCUGCAGUCGCAAAUGGUUUUACUAAAUGUAGGAUGGGACUUAAGUUGAACGGCAGAUACAUUUCUCUGAUCCUCGCUGUACAGAUAGCCCACCUGGUGCAGGCGGUGAGAGCGGCGGGGCGGUGCGAUGCGGUCUUUCGGGGCUUCUCGGACUGUUUGCUGCGGCUGGGCGAUAACAUGGCCAACUACCCGCAGGACCUGGACGACAAGAGAAACCUGCAAACGAUCUGCGCGUACUGGGACGAUUUCCACGCUUGCACCCUCACAGCGCUCACGGAUUGCCAGGAAGGAGCGACAGACCUGUGGGAGAAACUGAGACGGGAAUCCAAAAACCUCGAUUUCCAGGGCAGUUUGUUCGAACUGUGCGGAGGCGGCAGCGGAGCAGCCCCGUCCCAGCUGCCGCCGUCGCUGCCCGUGCUGCUGGGGGCAUUGGGAGCAGCUCUGGCCACCUGGGGGCUGCCCUUCUAGCGGGGCCAACGCUGCACCCGGAGAGGAGCAUCCGUCCGCGGCUUUGGGGACGUCGUGCUCGGCCGUGGUUGGUGACGGUGGCUGAUGGUGGCGGAACACCCGUGUAGGACUG